AUGUCUUUUCUCGAGGGCUUGCUCAAUAAAGGCAAGGCCAAGCUCAAGGAGUUGAGUGAUAGCCAUCCACCUUCACAAUCAUAUCCCGGGAAUCAAUCACACCAAGGCUACAAUCAACCACCUCAAGGUUACAACCAGCAGCCUCAAUAUUACGCUCCCCAAUCCCAAUAUCAGAACUACCCACCACAGCAACAAUUCAGCCCACCACCGCCAGAAUACAACAACCUCCCUCCUCCUCCAAUACCGAGUUCCACCAGGCCCGGCAGUACAAGUACACCGCCAAUUCCCUCCUCCACACGUCCCACACCCACCCCGUCUCAAAGUGCCCCCUACUGGCAACCGACCUUCAACCCCUCCAUCCCCAUCUCUCAGCUCUUCCAACAAGAAACAGGCGCCCACGGCUGGGGCAACAACGAAGUGCAAAACUACACCGCCGAUGCGCACAACUGCUUCUUCACCCCCAAUAACCAGCUCGUCCUCCGCGGCAUCGUCAGCUCCAACAAACACACCUCCGCGCGCCUCGUCUCGCACCAAAAGCUCGGCCGACAACGAGGCUGCUUAAGCGCUACCCUGAAAGCGCCCUGCGCAGCCGGCAUCUGGCCCGCGUUCUGGCUGCUGCCCGCGGCGCCUUUCGCGUGGCCGAAUGAUGGCGAGAUCGACAUCUUCGAGAGCUGGAAUGGGGAUUGCGUGAACCAUUCUUGUCUGCACUGGGGGCAUUACAACGGAGAGGAUUGGAAUAAGCACCGCGUGUGGGAGACGCCGAUCUUCGAUAUGCCGCAUCGCGAGGUGCGCGUAGCGUUGGCCUGGGCGCAGGAUGAGGAUCGGGAUGGUGCCGGGGGGAAGCUGGUGUGGUAUUUGGAUGGGAUGGCUGUGAUGAAGGCGCCGAUUUCCGAGGGCAUGAGGCGCUUGAGCGAUUGGAAGGUUAUUAUUAAUGUGGCGAUGGGUGGGAAUGUUUGUGGGGGGCGGUUACCGGUAGAUGGGACUUAUGAUUUUGUGGUGAGGGACUUGGCGUUUUACGACGCUCCGGUAGGAGGGUGGGAUGGGUUUGAGAGGGAUUUCUUGAAUACCAGGGAGGGAAAGACUAUGUGA